AGGCAGGCAUGGUCGGCUACGACCCUGAGACCAAGUGCGUCUCCACGGUGGAAGCGGCUGCAGCAGGAUCAGCAUCUGGCUUGGUCACUCGGGUCCUUGUCAGCCCCUUGGAUGUCAUCAAGAUCCGCUUUCAGCUUCAGAUCGAGCAGCUCUCCUCCAGAAACCCAGGGGCUAAGUAUCAUGGCAUCUUGCAAGCUGUACAGUGCAUCUUCCAGGAAGAGGGGUUGGUAGCCUUCUGGAAGGGCCAUGUUCCUGCUCAGUUCCUUUCAGUUGGCUACGGAGCUGUUCAGUUCAUGGCGUUUGAAAGCUUGACAAAACUGGUGCACAACGUCACCUCAUACAAUGCCCGCGAUUCCUUUGUGCACUUCGUCUGCGGUGGACUGACUGCUUGUACAGCCACUGUUGCAGUUCAACCUGUUGACACACUACGCACCCGCUUUGCUGCUCAGGGUGAGCCUAAGGUCUAUCGCAACCUUCGCCAUGCAGUGGUGACUAUGUACCAGACAGAAGGGCCUCGGACUUUCUAUAGAGGUUUGACCCCCACAAUCAUUGCUAUCUUUCCGUAUGCUGGUCUCCAGUUCUCCUCCUACAACAUCCUGCAACAGUUUUCUGAAUGGGUGAUUCCAGCUGAAGGAAAGAAGGGAGGCAACGUUAAAAACCUUGUUUGUGGCAGCUGCGCCGGAAUCAUCAGCAAAACCCUCACUUACCCUUUUGACCUGUUCAAAAAACGACUGCAAGUGGGUGGCUUUGAGCAUGCCCGGGCAGCCUUUGGGCAGGUACGGAUAUAUAGGGGUCUCCUGGACUGUGUAAGACAGAUCAUGCGAGAGGAGGGCCCAGGUGGAUUCUUUAAGGGCCUUUCGCCCAGCUUGCUGAAGGCUGCUGUCUCUACUGGCCUUGUCUUCUUUUGGUAUGAACUGUUCUGCAGCCUCUUGUGUACCCUGAAGAACACCGAUAGCACUAUGAGGAAGGAAUGCUGAAAGGGGCACGUGUAUGGCUACCUGGUGUUCUCCUGGAGGAGGGAAAACUGAUGGCUUUGCUCUGUCAUGAGUAUGUUGGAAAUGUCAGAGCUCCCAGAGCUCCACCAGCCUGUAGGAAAUCACCUCCUAGGACCAAGCAGAAGGAGAAGGCGACUGCAGUUCUGCUGAAGACACUGAACUGCUUUGCUGGAAGCUGUUCAACUGAGCGCUUUUUUACUCUGUCUCCUCUAAUAUCAGCACACGUUUAGUGGGGGGAGAGGGGAACCAAGCAGGCAACUACCUAGCAGAGACUGCUCUGAAAAGGCACCUGAUAAAGUGGGUGAAUUCCUGUGUGUGCCCUGGACCACAGAGGGAUCCUGGCCUAGCUAGUGCUGCUUAACCAACGUAACAUCACUUCCUACCACUGCAUCUGCACAGCUUUAUUUCCUUGCUCUAUGGCCUACUGUUUGCACCAUAAUCUUUCUCCAUGUUGCACAGUGCCUUUUACCAUCAGAAUGUCCAAAAGCACUUUAGCAGGCAAAGCGUUCAAGAUGAGUUGCACUGUGGUUGUUAGGGGAUCCACCAUUGCUCUUAGCUGGUGUCGGAUGGGAGAACAUUGACACACAAGUUCUGUGAUGAAGUUUCCUGCAGCGCGGGCUGGCUCGCCGAGUUUCUAGGACAGUCCUAUUCUCAGGAUGCUCAUCGAGAGCUGCAGAGCAUCAAUUUUUAAAAGAAAUUAAUGUUUUACAGUCGGGCUUGGAAUAGAUUGUAUUUAAUUUGGGUUUAAGUUUCUCUUGUGAUGUAGAACUGUAAUUCUCUGCAGCAUUUUGCUGUGUUGCCUGAGUGGAUCUUUUGCAGCUGCUGUUGUCUGAAAGCAUCCGAGCACAAUGCGCACAACACGUGCCUACCUUUGAGAAAAGGUACAUUAAACAUUUUGUUACGGUCA